AUCUGAUCACACAUGCAACUUGGGGCCCUAUCACUUCAACGUGCUGGCCUUCCCCUGCAACCAGUUUGGGCAGCAGGAGCCUGGCAGCGACAAGGAGAUCGACAGCUUUGUGCGCAGAGUCUAUGGAGUCUCCUUCCCUCGAUUCAGUAAAAUAGCAGUGGUCAGAACCGGAGCCAACAAUGUCUACAAGUACCUUGUUGAGUCCUCUGGAAAGGAGCCUGAUUGGAAUUUCUGGAAGUAUCUAAUCGAUGUAAAUGGCAAAGUGGUGGAUGCAUGGGGACCAGAUGUUUCUGUCUAA